GAUAGAUACAUUUCUGAGUUGUCUAUUUUGCUGCGAAUGUGGAAGCUUAGGUAGCUUGCGAUGGUACAAUGGGUUUGGAAGCCAAUUGGUGUUCUUCUAAUCUAGUUGGUAAUACAAUUAACAAAACCUGGAUUUUAGUACAAUCCCAACGAUAGAUUUUAGCCUUGGUCAUGAUCAAGCUGAUUAUUUCAGGUGUACACAGCGCAUAAAAUUUGACCUUUUAAGCAUAGAUAUUUGCACCGUUUUUGUUAGUAUUAAAGAUAAGCUAACUUUUUUAUUUCUUAUAUAUCUGCAAAGCAGGUGGACUAUAUUUAUUAAUUUGAUUUAUUUCUGAAAGGUAACUGAAAAUAUUUUUUCGCUGCAUUUUGGAUACAAUAUAUAUGUGGCGUUUAACGUAGAAGAUUGUUAGGAUGUCAUUAGUUCACAUCCUUUUUAAUUACUUAAAAAUGCCACAUACUAUAUUUUAUGUGCAAUUAGAUGUAUGGUUUCUAAACCAGCAUCACUUGCAUUUCAUACGAAAGGAUUCAUAAAGACUUAACAGAUCUCCUAUGUCCUAAUUCUUACCUUAUUGCUUUGAUUCAGAAAUAAAAAUACCCCAGGUGUAUAGUCUGCCGACUAUAUACCUGAGUCGGGCUUUCUAUGACAAGAGGAUCUCACAAGAAGUCAGUGGAGAUGCUCUGGGUGAGGAAUUCAAGGGCUACGUGUUUAAGAUAAUGGGAGGCUGUGACAAGCAAGGCUUUCCAAUGAAGCAGGGAGUGCUGACUCCUGGUCGCGUCCGUCUCUUGCUCUAUCGAGGUACUCCUUGCUUCCGUGGAUAUGGCAGGCGGAAUGGAGAGAGGAGAAGGAAGUCUGUUCGAGGAUGCAUCGUCAGUCAAGACCUCUCUGUUCUGAACUUGGUUAUCGUGAAAAAAGGAGAAAGCGAUCUUCCUGGUCUGACUGACAUUGAGAAGCCAAGAAUGAGAGGUCCAAAGAGGGCAUCAAAGAUCCGUAAACUGUUUAACCUGUCAAAGGAAGAUGAUGUUCGGAAAUAUGUCAAUACAUAUCGCAGGACCUUCACUACUAAAACAGGGAAAAAGGUCAGUAAAGCUCCGAAGAUUCAGAGGCUAGUUACACCAUUGACAUUACAAAGGAAGCGUGCGAGAAUUUCUGACAAGAAGAAGAGAAUUGCCAAGGCAAAGGCAGAGGCAGCUGAGUACCAGAAGCUUCUUGCUACCAGGUUGAAGGAGCAGCGCGAGCGCCGCAGCGAGAGCUUGGCUAAGAAGAGAUCCAGGCUGUCUGCUGCCUCAAAGCCUUCUCUUGCAGCGUAGGUGGUUUUUACUGUUUGAUCGAUUUUGGUCAAUCGAGCAAUUUCAGUUUAGGCGAUUUUGACAGUUGAGAAUUCGGGGGAAUUGUUAAUGUGAAGGUGUUUAUCUAUAGUUUUUAGCUCUGCCUAGGAAUUUGGGGACCCUUUCUCAUUGGGUUGUUGCUGUUCCUUAGUCUUUGAACUUGAAAUUUGAUUUAUAGAAAGUUGAGUUGGAACACAUGCGGGUGGAGUGAUUUAGGUUAGCCUGCUGUGGCCGUUGGCGGAGUCACUGACGUAGCAUCCAAGCCGAUGAUCACCUCGCGGUCAUCAAAGCCGUCGUCAGCUGAUAUGGGGAUUUGGAGCCAUGGUAUGCGGCCAUAUCUUGAGGCAGCCAUGCCAAAUCUGAUCAAAUCUGGUGAUGCUGGUUGUCUAGAUUUGGAAUCGUGCCUCCAAAUUUGGUGACGGCAGCUUCUCCAAGUACGGCAAACAGCCGUGGAUGAGCUACUACGGCCA